CCCCCCCCACUUUGCCCGCCCCCUUCCCCCCCGUCCCGUCAAACCGUCGAACCGUUAAACCGCCGCCCAACCGUCGCCCCGGCUCCGCCGGCAGGCCAGCGGAGGGGAGCGCGGCGCGGCCGUCCCGCCCCGCAGGAUGCUGGUGAAGGCGGAGGGGCUGGCGCCGCCGGCCGAGGACGAGCUGCUGCUGCUGGGCCUGGCCUCGCCCGCCCCCUCGCCCUCGCUGCCGUCCAGCGCCGGGGAGGAGGAGGAAGAAGAGGAGGAGGAGGAAGAGCAGCUGCGGGCCCCCUCGCCGGCGCGGCCCGCCGAGGCGCCGGGCGCCCGCUUGCCUUCGGGGCUGCGGCGGCUGGAGGGAAAGCGGCGGCCGGGCCGGUCCCGCGGCGCUCCGCGGGCAGCGCGGACGGCGGAGACGGCGCAGCGCAUCAAGCGGAGCCGGCGGCUGAAGGCCAACAACCGGGAGCGCAACCGCAUGCACAACCUGAACGCGGCGCUGGACGCGCUCCGCGACGUGCUGCCCACCUUCCCCGAGGACGCCAAGCUCACCAAGAUCGAGACGCUCCGCUUCGCGCACAACUACAUCUGGGCGCUCACCGAGACCCUGCGGCUGGCCGGCGCGGCGCGGCUCGGCCCCGAGGCGGGGGGCACCGCCGACGGCAGCCCCUCGCCCGCCUCCUCCUGGAGCGGCGGCGCCGCCAGCCCCGCGCCCUCCGCCUCCCCCUACGCCUGCACUUUAUCGCCCGCCAGCCCCGCCGGCUCCGCCUCGGACGCCGAGCACUGGCCGACCCCGCGGGGCCGCUUCGCCCCGCCGCCGCCCCAGCCGCCGCCGCUGCCCCGCCGCUGCCUCUAGCCCGGCCCGGCGGUCCCGCCGCGGUGCGUGGGACGAGGCUUCGCCCAGCCCGUCCCCCCGGGGCGGCGGCAUCUGCCCUGCUUCCCAGGGCGGGCUGUGGGAAUGUCAUCUGCCAAACCAAACUUUCUCAUUUUCCGAUGUGCACUUUGUCCAGUUUCCCAGAUCUGUCAC